AUGUUCCAAUGGAAGAAUAAACCAGGUGCAUCAACAACUGGACCUUUGGGUCCAAGUAAUCCUUUGGAGAAUAACAACAACAAUAACAAUGUAUCUGAUCCACUGGGAGGUGGAGGAGGAUCAUCAACACCAAGUAGCAGCAUAGUAUCAUCAUCAGCAUCAUCAACAACAGAUAACUCACUUAUACAACUUAAUGGUGGAGGUAAUAGCAGCAGCAAUGGCAAUGCAUCUGCUUUGGUUGUCACUAUCUUGCAGGGAACACCAAUACCUCACAACUCAGAGGGCCAUCCCAUUCUCUUGAAGCUUGUUCGUUAUCUACACACCAAGGGUACAUCACUUGAGCAUGUAUUCAAAGUGCAGUCACACGACUUUAACGAGGAGUUCCAACUCGUCAAAAAGAACUUGCUAAGAGAUAUAAGUGUUGGGGAUGGCGAACAAGUACAGUUGUCAUCAUUGACAAACAAUCCACAUGUCGUGGCAGAGCUGUUGAAGCAGUAUCUCCUGUACCUGCCCGAACCUCUGUUCACCUAUCAGCUCUAUGACAGUUUCCUGUUGACAAACACUAUCCUAUCCAAACAGGAUAAGCUAUGGGCUUAUAGAUUCUUGAUGGCCUACCUCCCGCAGGGAUUCAGAGCGACCAUCAAGAAUGUGUUGGGAUUGCUGUCCAAGAUACAUUCAAACAACUCGGUCACCAAGAUGGACUCUCAACAACUAGCGAUGAUAUUCGCCAGAGCAUUCCUUCGACCAGAAGAAGAGAUGUAUUAUAUGAAGCAAGAUAGGAUCGAUUGCGAAGACAUCCUCAGGCUAUGGAUUGAGGAGUUUGAUGCUGUGACCAGACCUGCUGUGUCGGCUCCUGCUCCAGCAUUAUCACAUCAUCAUCAUCAACUACCACAUGUUGCUCAUGGCAAACCACAUGCUGCUCCCGCUCAUCCUCUCGCUGUACCAUCAUCAUCAACCUCUGCUGCCUCUCAGUCGUCUGAGCAGCACCAUCCACUGAUUGAUCCCCUCUCAUCUCAAGUAUCCACACCGAUUAGUAUAAUUGGACAACUGGUCAAUAGUAGCAACAUCAACAAUAUAAACACUCAACAACAACAACAAGACUCUCCAAGACCAUCACUUCCAACCAUUCCAAAACACAACAACAUCCAACAGACAACCUCAAUCAUUGACAUUAGACCAAAGCAAACGAACAAACUACAGAAGCAAGCGCAACAAACAUUGACGCCAUCAAUCACCACCGCACCAACGCCCCAGCCACCAACAACAAUCAUUGAGGAGGACACCAUCACCACAGCCAACACUCCAUCAUCUGAACACUCGACUCCAACCAAGUCUCCAUCUCCAGCACCAAUAGAAUCAGAGCCUACAGUCCAAUUGCCUACAAUCACAACAACACCGUCACUACAUCAUCCACCUUCAAGCUCAUCCAACCAAUCCACACCACCCGACUCACCAGUUGUGAUUCACGUCCAGACAGCACCAGCUUUGAAUGCACCAAGUACACCCAACCCAUCGUUGUUGGGAUCGAUCGAUACGUCAAGCUGGACACUUCUCUCUACCCUGGACACUGAUGCGACACAAAAGAUAUCCAAGAUCAAGGCGACCAUUGAGUCACUCAUCUCUGAACAUCUCUGGGGCCAACUGAGGACCACUGUCAAGUGCAUCGCCAACGAGACCAACUACUCUGCCACCAUCAAGCUCUCCACAACCCUGCGAGACUCCAAGAAGCACCUCGUCGAAUCAUGUGGCAAACACUUGGGCAUUGCAAAGAGUGAUGUUAAAAGUUUCCUGCAACAGUUUGACAAGCCGCCAACCUAUUCACUUCCAGUGUUGUCUCUGGAACAGCUUGCCAAUCCACCGGCAACAACAGCAAUUGACGAGUUCAAACUGUUUGAGUUGAAGCGAGCCACGCACCAGACUGUUGAGGACAUCACGGACUAUCUCUACUGUCUCAAGACCAAGCUGCACACAUACAUCUACAAGGAUCAAGUCAUUCACACUGCACAGAUAGCCAGCAAACUCAGAUCCAUUCUUGAUCCAAACUCACAGAGGACACUCAUAUCAUCCAGUGGUUCAUUGACAAUGAUGCCAUCAGUGUCGCCAUCACCAACCUCACCAGACACCUCUAGAUCACUGCAUCACUCCACCUCCUCGCUGUCAUCGCCAGAGCCCACGCCACCUGCAUCACCUUCCGUCGUCAGACGUCGUGGCGGCGCGUCCCACUUGGAGAACAAGAUACAGGUUGACACGAGUGCCAAGAGGAUCGUCGAUCAUCUCAACUCAAUCAAGCUCAAGCUGACCAAUGCCGAAAUGGCCGAAGCGAUUGAGAUUGGCAAGGUGAUCCGAGCGACCAAGCAGACGAUGAAUGAGCUGUACGCCGAGAACAACUAUGCGCCACCACCAGAGGUGGUGAUUGCACCUUCAACACCGGACGAGGAGCAGCUGGUCACUUUGAAAAAGGCAAUGGAGCCAUUGCUGGAGCGUAUAUUCAUUCAGAUCGAUACAGUUUGUGCCAAUGUCAACCAGGUUGACAUCUCCGAGCAGGAGAGCUUUGCAAUCAUAGACAAGUUAACAUUCAUAAACAAGGUGUUGGCGCUGUAA